AUGUCGUUAUGCUUAGAAACCUAGUCUGUUUAACAAACACAAACAGAUCUCCUCCGUUUGGAGUCUCUCUCUUCCGAGAAGCUCAAACUCCGAUCAACACUGUCUCCCAACGCCUCGGUUCUCCAAAUUGGUCUCCCCACCAACUCAAAACCCUCAUUGUUUUCUCAUUGGAACCAUCACUUUCUGACACAAUGUCGCCAAUAUUGAUCUGUACAUUUCUGAUAUUGUGCUUAAUGUCAACGAUGGCGGUUUCGAUGCGGUUCGACCUUCAAUCUGGCGCCACUAAAUGCAUCUCAGACGAAAUAAAGAGCAAUUCCAUGACUGUGGGCAAGUACUCCACCGUCAAUCCCAAUGAGGGCUUUCCUCUUCCUGAUACGCACAAAGUCACUGUCAGGGUGACCUCACCUAAUGGCAAUAAUUAUCACCAUGGGGAUCUUGUGGAUACGGGUAAUUUUGCCUUCACUGCGGCGGAGACCGGUGAUUAUUCAGUAUGCUUUUGGGUAGUUGAUCAUAAGCCUCCGACCACGGUCACGAUUGAUUUUGACUGGAAAACUGGAGUUGAGGCCAAGGACUGGUCCAAGGUUGCCAAGAAAGGGCAGAUUGAAAUGAUGGAACUCGAGCUGAAAAAGCUGUUUGAUACUGUGACGUCCAUUCAUGAUGAGAUGUUUUAUCUUCGUGAAAGGGAGGAAGAAAUGCAACAACUUAAUAGAGCAACUAACUCCAAGAUGGCGACGUUUAGCUUCCUUUCUCUUGUAGUUUGCUUGUCUGUGGCCGGUUUGCAAUUAUGGCAUCUCAAGAUGUUCUUUGAGAGGAAGAAGCUCCUCUAGCUAGUUCCACCAUUUUGCCACUUGUUUAUCUCUUCGUUCUGCAGUUAAAUACAUCCUUUUUUUUUUUUCUUUUUUCUUUUUGGUAUUAUGAGGCCAAACUUUGAAAGUUCGGCAGUGGUUGGUUCUACUGAGAGAGGUUAGCUGCUAGAAAGGAUUUUGGAUCGUAAUACACUUGUACUUCGUUUUGUUGAAACUAGCUUUGUACUUUUCCACUCUUACAACAGAGUUACAGAGCAAGGAAACUAACUUAAUCAGAAAAUCUGUAGUCUCUUAUUGUUAUUCAA